AUCAGCCAUGGGCCUCGGUCCCGUCCACCAACCAGCGGUAAGAGCGGGUCUGGGGGAGGCCGGAGCAGCUGUCAGGCUGAAGUCCAGCGAGCUAGCGCGGUGGGGCGGCUGGAGGAAGCGCGGCGCCGGGCCGGGCCCUGGAGAUGGUCCCCGGCGCCGCGGGCUGGUGUUGUCUCGUGCUCUGGCUCCCCGCGUGCGUCGCGGCCCACGGCUUACGCAUCCAUGAUUAUUUGUACUUCCAAGUGCUGAGUCCUGGAGACAUUCGAUACAUCUUCACAGCCACACCUGCCAAGGACUUUGGUGGUAUCUUUCACACAAGGUAUGAGCAGAUUCACCUUGUCCCUGCAGAACCUUCGGAGGCCUGUGGGGAGCUCAGCAACGGUUUCUUCAUCCAGGACCAGAUCGCUCUGGUGGAGAGAGGGGGCUGCUCCUUCCUCUCCAAGACCCGAGUGGUGCAGGAGCACGGCGGGCGGGCAGUGAUCAUCUCUGACAAUGCAGUUGACAAUGACAGCUUCUAUGUGGAGAUGAUCCAGGACAGUACCCAGCGCACAGCUGACAUCCCUGCCCUCUUCCUGCUCGGCCGAGAUGGCUACAUGAUCCGCCGCUCCCUGGAACAGCAUGGGCUGCCAUGGGCCAUCAUUUCCAUCCCAGUCAAUGUCACCAGCAUCCCCACCUUUGAGCUGCUGCAACCACCCUGGACCUUCUGGUAGAAGAGUUGGUCCCACAUACCAGCCUUAAAACAACUCUGGGCUGGGAAAGGAAAAUCCAGGAAUUCUGCUCUUUGGGAUUUGGGGAUAGCACUUGGGGAUAGGUGGAGCCGGGUAGAGGAAACAGGCUUAGGCUUUGGCUAUGCUAAAAGCCACACCACAGGCCUUCCCUUCCUCAGGGCCCCCAAACAUCUCAUGCUAUGGGAAGAGUAAGAGGCCCCAGAGCUUCUUGGCUAGAGUCUGGAACAAAAGGGGCUAAAGGCAGGUGGCCUGAGAGCCACCUGUGACCUGUCACAUCCCACCUGCUCCAGCUUCCCCUUCCCAGGGUCUCCUCAGUGUACUUCACAGUAGUUGCUGGUGUUUGAGGAAUUAAUAAACCCUCACUGAUUUUUUAGCAAUAAAGCCUCUCAUCAGGGUCGCAA